AUGAAUCUGAAAGAGAUAGAGAGAUACUUCAAUAAGAAAAGACAGUAUCUGAGUAAAGAGGAGUAUAAAACAAUUGUCGGAGCAUUAAAGAAGCUAGAUCUUGCAGAAAAGGCUUCGAACAAACAACUAGCCGAGGACAUGAAGAGCAAAGGAAAUGAGGAAUAUAACGAUGGAGACUUCCGAUCUGCCAUCGACUCAUACACCCAGGCUAUUAUUUAUGACCCGACAAAUGUAGUGUAUCUGUCCAAUAGGGCCGCAGCAUAUUCAAAGCUUGGAAUGGUAGAAAACGCAAUCGAAGACUGUGAAAAUGGGCUGAAUAUUGAUGAUAAGUUUGUAAAGUUAUAUAUAAGACUCGGGAUGUUGUAUCUUAGCAAAGAUAAAAAUAGGGCGUACCAAAUUUUCGAAAGGGGACUGGAGGUUGACCCAAAGAACAAGGUUCUGAAAAAGCAACUCGACCUCCUUAGUAAAGGUGCUUCUGAUACGUCUUUGGAAAACACCCAAGCCGCUUCUCUGGAUGACAUGAUCAAGAAUAUGGGAAUGGGGGGUUUAAAAGACAGCAAGAUCGACUUCAAUUCACUUUUCAAUAAUAAGAACAUCAGAGACGUCUUGGAUACAGUGGUUAAGGACAAGUCCCCCAGUGACCUUAUGAACAUGGUUAAAGACAUGAUUGGCGCAAUGGGGAGCCAAGACAACAAAAAAUAA